AUUGAUACCCUAUACUGAUGUGAUGUCGCUGUUAGUUUUAUACACGUGUGUCAGUUCUCUUGUAUUAUGUGAUGUACUCUUUUUUCAAUUUUGUUUACGUUAAAGUGUCAAUCAACUAUUUAAUUUGCACAAAAUAUAUAUAAUAUAAUAAUGAAUACAUGUGUGGCAAAAACAGCUUUUAUAUACAUUUAAAUAAUACGUAAAAUCGACUGACACGAAUCUCAUGCGAAUCAGUAUCUUGGCUUUACAACAAUCUCUGGCAAUAAGUUUUUAAAAUGAGUGUUUGUAUAACAAGAUCAUUUACCAGUUUUAUGGCGACAACAGUAGCAAGACGUUAUUCAAAAAUUGGAUUCGUCGGAUUGGGGAACAUGGGUGGUCAUAUGGCAAAAAAUCUGUUGAAGAAGAGUUACAAGCUCAUCGUAUAUGACUUGAAUAAAUCGGCAGUGACAAAUUUAGUGGAAGCAGGUGCAAAUAGCGCAUCGAAUGUGGCUGAACUGUCAAAAGAAGUUGAAGUUAUCAUUUCGAUGUUGCCUUCCAAUCAACAUGUCCUCGACGUCUACACCGGCGAAAACGGUGUACUCAGCGCAGCGAAGAAGAAUGUUUUACUGAUAGAUAGCAGUACUGUGGAUCCAUCGGUGUCUCAAUCAGUCGCAUCGCAGGCUCAGAAAUAUGAUUUGAGAUUUAUAGAUAGUCCCGUAUCGGGAGGUGUAAAUGCGGCUAAGGAUGGCACUUUAACAUUUAUGGUUGGCGGUUCAAGAACAGAUUUCGAUCACGCACAAUCUAUACUCGAAGUUAUGGGAUCCAGAGUUGUUCAUUGUGGUGAUGUAGGCAUGGGUCAAGCUGCUAAGUUAUGUAAUAAUAUGCUAUUAGCCAUUAGUAUGAUUGGCACAGCAGAAGCAUUUAACCUUGGACAAAAGCUGGGCUUAGAUGCAAAAGUGUUAGCGAAUAUCGUAAAUUCUAGCUCGGGGAGAUGCUGGUCUUCUGAUCUUUACAAUCCUGUUCCAGGAAUCUUACCUAAUGUCCCCAGUUCGAAAAAUUACGAGGGUGGUUUUGGCACAACACUGAUGACUAAAGAUUUGGGAUUAGCUCAAUCUGCUGCAACCAGGACGCAAACUCCUAUUCCUCUUGGUUCGUUGGCACAUCAAAUUUAUAGGACAAUUAUUGCUCAUGGAUUCUCGAAUAAGGAUUUUAGCGUAGUUUAUCAAUUCCUUAAAGGUAAAAAUUGAAAAGAUUUGAAAUUAUUAUAUAAUUAUACUUACUGUAUAAAUCAAACAUUGCCCAUAAAGAAAUUAAUGAAAUUUAUAAA